AUGGGGCGGAAGACGGCAGGGGAACGCAGCGCCGUUGGUGGGAGUGCGAUCAAUGGGACUGGAGGAUUGACAUUAGAGUACGUCGAGAGCGACACGGACAGCGAUGGGAGCUCCGGAAAUGGCGACCGGUCCGACGCUUGCGAUGAAAGGAUGAGAAGCGACGCUGGGCCGUCGGUGGCCAGCCAGGGUCAAGCGGGCCGAAGCUGGGGAGGUGUUAGUGAGGUUAGGGACAGAGGCGUGGUGGGUUCCCCGAUGGAGAGUCCUGGCAAGGUGCCCCUGCGUGCUGAGGUCCUGGAAAAGCUGAAGAAACUGGAGCGAAGGGCGCAAGAUAGAGAUUUAAACUACAAGGGGAAGGUCUUUGGCCCCACUCUCAAGGAAAGGCAAGGGAAGUCCAGCCAGAAACCUACUGAAUGUGACUGGUUUUCCAUGCCACCCACCAAGCCUACAGAACAAACCAAGCAAGACCUGACGGUCUUGUCCAUGAGGAGUUGCUUUGGCUCUGUGGGCCUCUACAAGAGUGAAGGGAGGAAGGGCAUGCCCAAGUGGUUUCAGAUAGGUUCCAUUCUGGAUGACCCUACUGCACCUCCAUCUCAUCGCCUCCCAAAGCGACUGAGGAAGCGAUCCCUGGCAGAGCAGCUGCUGUCAGAGGAUGCCAGAGAGAAACUACAAAGGCGGUUCCAGUCAAUCCAGGACACACGAGCACAGCAGGCACAAGUCCUGAAAAAGAAUUACCCAGCACUGCACAAGCGCCAAAAGAUGCGUCAUGGAAAGAAGUAG